UAUAAUUAGACCCCUAGUUUUAUUAUCCUAAGCUUUCCCUCUAUGCACUAAAUAUUGAAGUUUCUCUCUCACAUGGCUGCUCCUAUCAAGAAUACCAAUCGACUCUCUCUUGCCAUGGAAAGAACUGGCCAAUGGGUGUUUUCCCAAGAAAUUCCAACUGAUGUUGUUGUUGAAGUAGGUGAAGCAAACUUUAAUCUUCACAAGUUCAUGCUUGUGGCGAAGAGCAACUACAUAAGGAAACUUAUACUAGAGUCUAAAGAAACAGAAGUAACGAGGAUAAACUUGUCUGAGAUACCUGGAGGUCCUGAGAUGUUUGAAAAAGCAGCCAAGUUUUGCUAUGGAGUCAACUUUGAAAUCACAGUUCAUAAUGUAGCUGCUCUUCGUUGUGCUGCUGAUUACUUACAAAUGACUGAUAAAUACUGCGAUAACAAUCUUGCUAGCAGGACAGAAGAUUUCCUUGCCCAAGUUGCCUUGACUAGCCUUUCUGGAGCCCUUGUCGUAUUAAAGUCUUGUGAAAAUCUUCUUCCCCUUGCUGAGGAGCUCAAGAUCGUUCAAAGAUGUGUUGAAAUCGCCAGUGCUAAGGCAUGUGUGGAGGCGAAUUUUCCAAGCAGAUCACCACCAAAUUGGUGGACGGAAGAGUUAACGAUAUUAGACAUAGCAUUUUUCGAGAGAAUUAUCAUUUCGAUGAAAACUCGGGGAGCAAAAGCGUUGACAGCAGCAAGUGCUAUAAUCACGUAUACAGAGAGGUCUCUUCGUGACCUAGUACGUGACCACUCCGGAAAUGGCACCAGAUUAGUCGCGGAGCCAGAGGACUCCGACAUCAGGAUGCAUCAACGGCAACUUCUCGAGUCAAUUGUCAAACUCUUACCUGCAGACAAAGCAGCUUUUCCCAUCAAUUUCCUAUGUUGUCUCCUCCGUACAGCAAUUUUCUUAAGAGCAGCUAAUAGUUGCAAGAAUGAAUUGGAGAAAAGGAUAUCAACAAUUUUAGAACAUGUCACUGUAGACGAUCUACUCGUGUUGUCUUUUACUUAUGAUGGCGAAAGAUUAUUCGAUCUUGAGAGCGUGAGGAGAAUUAUUUCUGGAUUUAUGGAGAAAGAGAAGACUGUGGCGGUUUUUAAUGGGGGUGAUUUGGGACAACAAGUUUGUUCCACGGCGAUGCAACGAGUUGCAAAGACUGUAGAUGCUUAUCUUGGUGAAAUUGCCACUUUUGGGGACCUCACUAUAGCCAAAUUCAAUGGAAUUGCUAUUUUGGUUCCUAAAGGAGCUAGGAAGGUUGAUGAUGAUCUUUACAGAGCCGUCGAUAUCUACUUAAAGGCACAUCCAAAUUUGGAUGAAAUUGAAAGAGAGAAAGUUUGCAGCGUGAUGGAUACACUGAAACUUUCGUAUGAAGCCAGAGUUCAUGCUUCACAAAACAAACGUUUGCCAGUGCAAAUAGUCCUUCAUGCUCUCUACUUCGAUCAACUGAAGAUAAGGAGUGGCGGAGAUGAUACUAGCAAUUUACCCGAAGCCAUGGCAACAAGGAACCAAUUACAAGCCGAUGUUUCACUUGUGAAGGAGAACGAAGCUCUAAGAACUGAACUGUUAAAGAUGAAAAUGUACAUAUCCGAUAUACAGAAAACAAGUCAAGGGACUACUUCAGCUAAACCCAGUCUCAGCAGGAAGCCAACCUUCUUUUCUUCUGUCUCCAAAAAAUUGGGGAAAUUGAAUCCCUUUAAGCAUGGAUCAAAGGACACUUCUAUGAUUGAUGAUGCCACUGUUGAUAUUACUAAGCCUAGGAGGAGAAGAUUUUCCAUUUCCUAAGUUAAUUAUGUUGUUUGUUCACCAUAUAUUUGGUUUUAGUUUAUGUUGAGUGAGAAUGGUUGAAUUUGUGUAAAGGAUUGAUUCUGUUGUUUGUUUGUUCUCCUUUUAGGACGAGGAUUGCAUUUAUAUCCCCAUGUUCUAAUGUUACUAUAAAGUAGAAAACACUUGUUUUUUCAAUACUCUGUUAA